AUUGGAUAAACAAUAGAAACAGCAUUUAUUCUGGCGUUGCUAUAAUGUUUCUUGAAGAGAGACAACGAUCUGACCUCAACAGAUCGAAUUCAUCACCACUAACCGGCAUCCUUCCUGUUAUGAGAGUUCCCUCUAACUGUCAGAGAAACAUCAACUUGUUGACCUUUGACCCUGACGGAGACCAUGUUCAAUGCAGAUUUGCAUCCAAUAUCUAUGAGUGCUACACCUGCACACCUCCGUCUGUCCUCAGCCUCUCACCAGCUUGUUCUCUAUCAUUCAGUCCAACCAGCAGCAAUAAUGAAGGUUUAUAUGCAGUUCAGCUGAUGAUGGACGAUUUUCCCAGACAGACAAUCAAUCUGACUGAUAACAUUGGUGCAACAGAGUCGAGAAACUCCAGCAUUUCUAUGAGCAGAGUCCCUGUCCAGUUUGUUUUCAAAGUGGAUCCUGCAGCUCCGUCCUGCACAGCAGGUGAAUAUCUGCCCAGGUUUCUGCCUCCAACUCCUGAACAUGGAGCUCAGUUCUUCAUAGACCUUAAUGAGACGAUAGAAAUCAGCAUCAGAGCAGAGGCGACUCAGUCUGUGAUCACUGAGCUCCUGUUCAGUGGACCCUUCAACAUGACCAAGAGUUCAUCUGGUUCAGGAAAUUUCACCCUGAGAUGGACGCCGUCUGUCAUUGAUGAUGAUGAAAGUCAUCCCGUCUGUUUUGCUGUCCAGGCAACUGUGAACAGUUCUGUCUACCAGUCUGAGCUUCGAUGCGUCAUUGUGAGGGUUGGAAACAUACCCUCCAUAGCACCUACUAAUCCUCCUCCUAAAACAUCUCAUAUUACGGUUCUGAAGCUGAAGAUCAAGACUUCGCUGUCACUGAAAGACAACAAGGAUGAAAUCGAGAAAGCGAUUAAAGAUGAACUGAUCAGACGAGGGCUGCCUGCAGACAUAAAUGUCCGUCUGAAGAGCGACGGUUCAGUUUAGGUUAAAGAAAAAGCUGCCCCCUAGUGGCUAAAAAUGAAAAUUACUGGGUUUAUCUGUUUUAAAUUUAGAAAUUUAUGGUUGUCUUAGGUAAUGGGGCUAAACUUAGUUUUUACAGUAAUCAGAAAAAGCAGGGUUUGGUAUUUCUUUAUUACCAUAUAAUAUGGCUAUGUAUAACAUGGGGUUUUUAUUGACCUUAAUAUCAUAUAAUUUCUUACACUUAUUGAAGAAAUAAGUGUAAGAAAGUGUGAAUAAGUGUAUUUUUAUUAUGUAUAACAGGGAAUAUUUCUUGCUUUUGUUUCUUUUAUCUGUAAAGUUUGGGAAAGAAACCAGCAACUUCUUUAUUCUGGUUGAUUUCCAUGCAAGAAAACAUGGUUUGAUAUUUAAAAUAUUCUUCAAUCUCUCAUCGUCCUGUUAAGUCAGAAAGCUCUGUUUCAUAUUAUUUAUGGUUUGUUUAUCAAUGAAUGAAAACAGAAUAAAAUGACAUGAUGCCAAUUAGUAGCAUCAACUCUUCUAUGAGACAGUUUUGGAUAAAAUUUUGGGGAUGUAGCCAAACAUAUUUCAAGUAAUUUUAAGUCCCUAAAUCCCUGAGAAAAUAAAGUUUUUCUGCUCUUCUUAGAAUUAUGUCAAAAACUUUUUCUUCUUUGGUUCUUGAUGACAUUAACUGCAAGUUUUUCCUUUUUAUUUGGAUGCAAAUAAAGGCUGGAGAAAAUAAAGGUUUCCAUGUAAUCCAUUUUCACCUGUAGAAAUGUCCUGAACAAAAGGGACUGAAACAGUUGCUACAGCAGCGCCCCCUGCUGUCUAAUGAUUAGAAGGCAUUUUAUCCCAGAAGAAAAAUGUUUCCUGAAGUUUAACGUUUUCACUUUUGCCCAACUUUCUUGUCUGAAAUUAUUUAGAUUUACAAAUAUGCAACACAAAUGUUAUUUGACACAAUGUUUUCAAGUAUAUGAGUGUGUUUUAAAUUAAAUGUU